AUGGGCUUAUCUAUAAUUCAUGUCCAGGUGCUCGAGAAAACUGUGUGGAGUCGUGUCGAAGGAAAUCAGUUGGAAGAUCGAAGUCUGAAUAAAGCUUGGCUAGCCAGAUAUCUGGAAGUGUGUAGAAAAGUGAUUGUAGACGACUUGCAACUCGCUCGUGCUGCUGUUCCAUGCUUCCCACCUGACUAUCAAAUCUACGAUAGAUUUGUCCACAUGUACCAUAACUGCGUAUGUAAAAGGCUGCGUGAAAUAGCGGCAGAACAGAUGGAGAAAAGUGAGCUUGUCCAGUUACUGAGUUGGAUUCAAACUUAUGGUGGCGAAGAACUGCUUGGUAACCGCCGUCUGCAGAUCAACACUGCUGCUUUGUUAGAUGAUGUUCCUGUGCUUUCCAGAUCAACUCUUAACUCGCUCUAUGACAGUUUCGUAGAGAUGACGAGGCGUGACAUGAAGAACUGGCUCGAUAAAACUUUGAGUGCCGAAAAAGAUGAUUGGAACAAGCACGUACGACCUGACGAGGAUAACUUUGGAUAUUUCUACACGAGUCUACCAAAUAUCAUGUUCGGAAUGCUAAGAGAUACGGUGACGCUUGCGAAAGAAGUUAGUGUUGAAGUGAUUCCGAGCGUCAUCAACCUUACAAUUGAGGAAUUCUUCAUUUUCGCCAAUAAAUAUAAAGAUGCAUUCACUGCAUAUCGGAACAAGUAUUUUGAAAAUCGUAGCACUUUUCGAGAAUUCACAUCCACUAUGGUUGCGAUCGCCAACAAUUUACAGACGUGUAUCGAGUCCACUGAUAAGUACAUGCAACAGGUUCGUCUAUCGAUGGAAAGCGAUGAGCAGCAGGAUGGUGGAGUUGCUGGUCGUCGUGCAGUUAGUCGUCAGCAGAUCAUUGACAAUAUCGACCGUUUGAAUGCUAGAUGGAGUAGUGCAGUGGGCGUUGCUGUAAACUACUUGUUAGAGGAGAUUUGCGAAGAUCUCAGUCCCCACCUUGCGGAGUUAUUCUCCAGGAAGUGGAUUGUUGGAUGUUCUGCACCUGAGACUAUAUGUAUGACCGUACAAGAUUACUAUGCUGAUCAUCGCCAUCUGCGUCCUGCUACCCGUUGUGCAUUAUUAAUGGAUCUGCAAUUUCGAAUUGUUGGAGAGUAUCUGAAGGCAAUAGACUCUCGCCGCCUAACGUUCGCCACCUAUGAGGAAAGAGCUGCGGCGGGAUCUCGGAUGAAAGCGGAUGCACAACGGCUGGAAGCGUUGUUCAAGCAACUUAUUGACACCGAUGACAUCAAUGAGCCGUUUUCACUGAUUUGUUCGUUAAUAUCGAGUUGUGGCGAGGUGAUAAGCCUACGUGACAAGUCUCUUCUAACAUUGGAAGUGACUACGUUCAGCAGGAAGUAUCCGAACAUUCCGGUAGAUUUGUUGGCUGCUUUGCUGGCAAGUCGUGAUGAUGUCUCACGCAGUGAAGCCAAACAAAUGGCCGAGGAGGUGGUCGCCCAUGUCCAGUUCCAUCCUCGUGACAGAGUUCUGGACCAGCUGUUUGCAUCAGUGAUAGGUCGCAGCGAUUCCACAUCUUGGAAGCCUAAUCUGGACAUGAUGAAUAUGCUUUCUUCUUUUAUGCGCAGAGAUCACCCACAUUCAUAG